CCUGAAUCCCCUCCCUUCCCUUUACUCGGGAUGUCUGGCAACUUGGGGACAGUGACCUGGACCCUGUUCCUCCUCCUCCUUGCUCCUGGCUGGGUAGAACCGCAGGCCUGCACGUAUCCAUGCCAGUGUCCCUCCCAGCCUCUGCAGUGCCCCGCUGGCACCAGCCACGUGUUGGAUGCCUGUGGUUGCUGCAAGGUGUGUGCCAGGCAGCUUGGCGAGCUCUGUUCCCUGCAGAAACCCUGCGAUCAUCACAAGGGACUCUACUGCGACUUCUCCAAAAUCCACAGAGGCAGCGGGAUCUGCUUAGCUCACGAGGGUGCAACCUGUGACCUGCUGGGCAAGAUCUACCACAACGGGGAGAGCUUCCAGCCCACCUGCAAGCUGCAGUGCAUCUGCAUGGACGGGGCCAUCGGCUGCAUUUCCGACGACCUGCGGCUGCCGUCCCCCGAGUGCCCCAACCCCCGGCGGGUGAAGUUUCGCAAUAAGUGUUGUGAAGAGUGGAUCUGCGAGGAGGGCAGCGAGGAAAACCGCUUCGAAACAGCCAUGGCGGUUUUCAGGGAGGAUCCAGCACACAAGCCGGAGCUGAAUAACCUGCAGGAGAACUGCUUGGUGCAGACCACCGAGUGGAGCGCUUGCUCCAAGAGCUGCGGCAUGGGCAUCUCUGCCCGCGUAACCAACGACAACCCCCAGUGCCGCCUGGAGAAGGAGACCCGGCUCUGCAUGGUCCGGCCCUGCGACUUCCCUGUGGAGAAGACCAAGAAGGGGAAGAAGUGUGUGCGGACCCCAAAGCCACGCCAGAGCCUCCACUUCGAGUUUUCGGGCUGCACCAGCACCCGUUCCUACCGGCCCAAGUUCUGCGGCAGCUGCACGGACAGCCGCUGCUGCACCCCGUACGUCACCAGCACCGUGGAGGUGGAGUUUCGCUGCCCCGAGGGAGACUUCUUCCAGCGGAAGAUGAUGUUCAUCAAGGUGUGCUCCUGCCACUACGACUGCCCCCGAGACAACGACAUCUUCUUGGCCACGUAUCACAGGAGGAUGAUUGGAGACCACGUCAAGACAGAGAGGCAGUAG